UGGAGCUGAAAUCUCGCGCACACUGACUGAGAGACGGCCAUUUUUAAGCGCUCAUUGAUUUGCUGUUUGUGCUUUUGCAGGAAAACAAAAAGCAAAACGAAAAAGUUGCCCCGAGAUUACUCCGACAGCUAGUUUGGGAGUGAAGCGGGCGGUCUGGCGGCGGCGUCCGGCUGGAUUGUUUUCGCUUGACCGAUGUUCGUCCAGACGCAGGCACAGAGUCGCUGUUGACAUCAGAGCCCUGGGGUUGAUGUGCGUUUAACAGUCGGCCGAAUGGAAAUGGUGCCCAGCGAGGAAAACCUGCUCGUACCCAAGGAGAUCGAGAACGCUGCCGAGGAACCCCGAGUGCUGUGUAUAGUCCAGGACACCACCAACGCCAAGACCGUCAACGAGAGACUAACACUCAACCUCCCAGCUUCCACCACCCUCUCAAAGCUCUACGAAGACGUCGCUCACAAAGCCGGCUACGUCAACAGCACCUUCGAGCUGGCAUGGGCCAAUGUGGCGGAUUUGGCUCCUCUGGACCAGGCCAGUGAGACGUCUCUGGUGGAGUCUGGGUUUGAGCCCGGGAAGAGGAACUUCCUGCAGCUCACAGACAAGGAUGGGGAACAGCCUCAGAUAGCUUCUGAUGAGUCCGGGACAGCGGACAGCAGUGGGCUGGACGACAGUUCUCAGGACCGCUUCAUCGGACCCUUGUCCCGUGAUGGUACCGUGGGCUGUAGCAGUGACUACAGUAGCCCCAGCUACUCCUACUCCUCCAUACUCAACAAGUCUGACACAGGAUAUGUGGGUUUGGUCAACCAGGCCAUGACUUGCUACCUGAACAGUUUACUGCAGACGCUGUUCAUGACGCCAGAGUUCAGAAAUGCUCUGUACAAUUGGGAGUUUGAGGACUCUGAGAAAGAUCCUGUCAAUAGCAUCCCCUACCAGCUGCAGAGGCUGUUUGUGCUGCUGCAGACCAGCAAGAAACGAGCCAUAGAGACGACAGACGUGACGCGCAGCUUCGGCUGGGACAGCAGUGAGGCCUGGCAACAGCACGAUGUCCAGGAACUUUGCCGGGUCAUGUUCGACGCCUUGGAACAAAAGUGGAAACAGACGGAGCAGGCUGACCUUAUAAAUCAGCUGUACCAGGGCAAACUGAAGGACUACGUGCGCUGUCUGGAGUGUGGCAAUGAAAGCUGGAGGAUCGACACGUACCUGGACAUCCCAUUGGUCAUCAGGCCUUUCGGAGCCAGUCAGGCCUUCGGCAGCGUGGAGGAAGCACUGCAGGCCUUCAUCCAGCCUGAAACUCUGGACGGGCCCAACCAGUACUUCUGCGAGCGCUGCAAGAAGAAAUGCGACGCACGCAAGGGUCUGCGUUUUCUGCACUUUCCCUACCUGCUGACGCUGCAGCUGAAACGCUUUGACUUCGACUACACCACUAUGCACAGAAUCAAGCUCAACGACCGCAUGACCUUCCCUGAGGAGCUUGACAUGAGCCCUUUUAUUGACCUCGAGGAUGAGAAAUCCCCUCAGACGGAGAGCUGCACUGACAGUGGGGCGGAGAACGAAGGCAGUUGCCACAGCGACCAGAUGAGCAACGACUUCUCCACGGACGACGGUGUGGAUGAGGGCAUCUGCCUGGACAGCACCACCACCGCUGAGAGGGUACUUAAGCCAAAGAGCUCAUUGACCUAUGAACUCUUCUCAGUAAUGGUGCAUUCUGGGAGCGCCGCAGGUGGACACUAUUACGCCUGCAUCAAGUCCUUCAGCGAUAGCCAGUGGUACAGCUUCAACGACCAGCAUGUCAGCAAGAUCACGCAGGAUGACAUCAGGAAGACCUACGGUGGUUCCUCAGGGAGCAGAGGCUAUUACUCCAGUGCCUUUGCCAGCUCCACUAAUGCAUACAUGCUCAUAUAUAGACUGAAAGAUUCCUCAAGGAACGCAAAGUACCUCGACGUCGAAGACUUCCCAGAGCACAUAAAGCGUCUCGUUCAGAGAGAGCGAGAAUCCGAGGAACAGGAAAAGAGACAAAGAGAGAUCGAACGCAAUACCUGCAAGAUCAAGCUCUUCUGCAUGCAUCCUGUCAAGACGAUGAUGAUGGAGAAUAAGCUGGAGGUUCACAAGGACAAAACCCUCAGAGAGGCCACGGAAAUAGCAUACAAGCUAAUGGAUCUUGAGGGCCUUGUUCCUCUGGACUGCUGUCGGUUAGUGAAGUAUGAUGAAUUUCACGAAUAUCUGGAGCGCUCCUACGAGGGGGAGGAGGACAUGCCCAUGGGGCUGCUCCUCGGCGGGGUGAAAUCCUCCUACAUGUUCGAUUUGCUACUUGAGACUUGCCGUCCCGACCAAGUGUUCCAGCCGUAUAAACCUGGAGAGGUGAUGGUGAAGGUCCACGUGGUGGAUCUGAAGAGCGAGACCAUCGCUGCUCCCAUCAGCGUCAGGGCGUACCUGAACCAAACCAUUACAGAGUUCAAGCAACUCAUUGCACAAGCCACCGGGCUGUCUGCAGAAACCAUGCGAGUCGUCCUGGAGCGCUGCUAUAAUGACCUUCGGCUACUCUACGUGCCCAACAAGACACUGAAAGCUGAGGGUUUCUUCAGGAGUAACAAGGUUUUUGUGGAGAGCUCGGACUCCGAUGACCAUCAAGCCACGUUCACCGACUCGCUCCUGUGGAAGCUUUUGGAUCGUCACGGCAACACGAUCAGACUGUUUGUUUCGCUCCCGGAGAAGUCUCCAGGCUCCAUGGCUCACAGAACUAGUUGCUCCAAAGCGAGCGGUGACUCUGAGGACUCAUUUGAGGGUGCUAAAAGCCGGGGCCAGUGUGUUGAGGCUAUCCUGGAGGAGAGCACGGAGAAGUUAAAAAACCUUUCCCUUCAACAGCAGCAGAAACAACAGCAGCAGCAGAAGCAAACCUCCAGCACCAGCGAGAGCCAGAAGAGUUCGGACCACAGCGAUUUCGAGCACCUCGAUUUCCCGCAGGCAGAAAACCAGCUGGCUUCGGAGGAACGAUCCGAUUCGGACGCAAACAACGAUCGCAGCACCAGCUCUGUGGACUCUGACAUCCUGAGCUCGAGCCACAGCAGCGACACGCUGUGCAAUGCAGACGGCGCACCCUUGCCUCUGGCCAACGGCCUCGAUUCGCACAGCAUCACCAGCAGCCGGCGCUCCAAAGCCCACGAGGGCAAGAAGGAGACGUGGGACACAGCUGAGGAGGACUCAGGGACCGACAGCGAAUACGACGAGAAUGGCAAGAGUAAAACGCAGACGCAUUACCUGUACUUCAGAGCAGAGCAGUAUUCGCAGGAUGAUGCUGCUCUAGAUGCACAGAAGGGUUUGUUAAUUCAUGUUGACAAAAGGAUCACACUGGCAGCAUUUAAGCAGAACCUUGAGCCGUAUGUCGGCGUCCAAGCUACCCAGUUUAAAGUCUUCCGUGUCUACGCCAACAACCAGGAGUUUGAGAGCGUGCGACUUAACGAGACCCUUUCUUCUUUCUCGGAUGACAACAAGAUCACUAUUCGAUUAGGACGAGCCCUAAAGAAAGGAGAAUACAGGGUAAAGGUGUACCAGCUGUUAGUCAAUGAAGCAGAGCCUUGUAGAUUCCUGUUGGAUACAGUGUUCGCUAAGGGCAUGACAGUGAGACAGUCUAAAGAGGAGUUAAUACCCCAGCUACGAGAGCAGUGCAAACUGGACCUUUGCAUAGACAGGUUUCGACUCAGGAAGAAGACGUGGAAAAACCCAGGCACAGUGUUUCUGGAAUAUCACGUUUACGAGGAGGACAUCAAUAUCUCCAGCAACUGGGAAGUCUUCCUUGAAGUUCUCGACGAACCGGAGCGAAUGAAGUCCAUGUCGCAGUUGGCAGUGCUGACACGGCGCUGGUGUCCAGCCCAGAUGAAGCUGGAGCCUUUCCGGGAAGUGGUGCUGGAGAGCAGCAGUGUAGAUGAACUCAAGGAAAAGCUCAGUGAAAUGAGUCAGAUUCCACUCGGGAACUUGGAGUUCGCCAAGGGACGUGGAACGUUUCCUUGUGACAUAUCUGUCUUGGAGAUCCAUCAGGAUUUAGACUGGAACCCUAAGGUCUCUACGCUCAACGUUUGGCCCCUCUACAUCUGCGACGAUGGUGCUGUAGUGUACUACAGGGACAGCGCUGAGGAGCCCAUGGAGCUCUCGGAAGAAGAGCGAAAUGAACUGAUGAAGAAAGAGAGCAGCCGGCUGCUGAAGACAGGCCACCGGGUCAGUUAUUCUCCCCGCAAGGAGAAAGCUCUGAAGAUCUACCUAGACGGAGGGCCUUCUAAAGACUCGGGCCAGGACUGAGAAUCGCCCCCUUACACCCUGAUCAUUUUGCGUUUUUUUUUUUUUGUUUGUUUGUUGUUUUUUUUUGUUUGUUUGUUUUUAAUAGUUGGCCUGCCCGCUGCAGUGUAGCGCUGCCUCACCAGGGGUUCUUGAUGGCGUCAAUGCCCAGGUCCGAUCUGACGUCCCUGGUGUCGUACAGCGGGCGCGGUCUUCUCCGAGCUCUUCAGGCAUGGAAGUGUGGGGGGUUUCAUGUGUACAAGCCUCAGAACUUCUGUUGUGCACUAUAGAUUCUCAAAAAGUUUAAAGGGAAGUGCAAAUGAACGGACAUCCGGUAUCACUCAGACAAAUCAAUCUUGACAGAGAUGGAUGUGCUUGUGGAAUAGAAUGGACUAUUUGUAUCUCUUUCUCUGGCUGUAUCAGUUCUAUCUUUUUAAUUGUUUGUUUGUUUCCUUUAAUAGCUGUUCAUUAAUCAUUCUCACUUUAAUUGAGUAGUGAUUUCGUCCACAAUAUUGCGUGCACAUGUCCAUGAUCCGAGUUUUGCUUGGUUGAGAUACAUGACAAGCUUGUCAUCUCCAACAUAAUCGUCCUCUUCUGUGUUGUUGUUUUUUUUUUUUUUUUUCAAGGUCCUCCAUUGAGUCACGUGUAUUCCAAUAGUUCUCAGAAUACUGAGUCGUUUGCUCUUGUUCCAUUAACGAAUUCAGUGCUUCGCUCGUGGAUGAUGAGGCUCCACCCUGGCCUUCAUCUAAGAGUGCUUCCUUGCACGCGUGGGUAUGACGGUGGCUAAUGCUCUGUGCCACCAUGCUGACUGCUGAAUCUCCAUCUGUUGCAGAGGGAUCCCCGCCCAUUCAUCUCUUACAACACCACCUCUCACUUCUUUCUCUGGGGUACUCACACUGGUACAUUUUUUUAAAGUCUGCCCUUAAGACUAGGGUAAUACACAUCAAGUAGAGCUUUAUAUUUGCCUAUUUACCUUUUCCCCCUUACAUACUCCUUGUAAAUUAUUUUUACCCCAGAAUUGAUGACUACAAUGAUGAUGAUGAUGAUGAUAACUGGCACACUUUUAAAAAAUUUUUGCUCUGUAACCCAAUUUUCUUUAUGCCCUGUUUUUAAUUCUGCACAACAUGUAUGUGUGUGUUCGAGCCUGGUCUGUCUGCCUGUGUGUGCGUGCGAGUGUGUGCGCACGCGCUCUGUGUGAUGCUACUUGCUGCUGUUUUUUGCGUAGCCAGAGAGCAAAAGCUCUAAAGCAGGGCUGUUGGAUGCAACUCAAUAGUUUAUUACCAGGUUUAUAAAUGAUAUUAGAACAGGAAAACCACUGGACUGUGCUGUGGUUAGGUGAAGUUUGGCGACCCUGCUUUAGAGCUGCGCUGGAGGAGCAGUGCUCUGGCUCUCAGCAUCACUGAACUAAGCAGAACCACCAUGGGUCCCCUGGGCUCCUAACUCUGCCACAAGCUGUUCACUGUAGAUUUGCCAAUAUGGAAAUAAUAAAAAAAUAAUCAGUUUCUCUCUUGAUGCAUCAUUUCAGAAGACCGGUCGACUCGCAUACCAUU